AUGCCGAGGAACGCGGUCACCAAAAUAAAGCGAGGCAAAGCCGGGAAAGGGAAGAAGGAAGGCAAACAGGAGACGAAAGCGGUGAAGGAGUCCGACGUGGAGAAGGUCAAGGCCAGCGCGGCGCUGUGGGAGCUGCGGCUGCGGGCCACUGAGCAGGCGCUCGCGGAGUACCGGGAGGACUGCCGCACGUUGGCCCGCGCCAACGAGCAGCUCACGAGCCGGCUGUACUGCGCGGAGAAGGACUGGCUCGACAUCACCGGCUUCCUGAAGAGGCAAGAUGCGGCCAAAGAGGAGAAGGUAAACGCGCGCGUAUCCGCGCUGCAGAGAAACCUCCAGAGUCAAGACGGACUUGCACGAGAAGAACAAAACAAACUGGUCGAUGAGUACACAACUAAAAUCAAUGAGAUGAAGGAACUGUUCAGAAAAAAGUCCCAUGACUUUUAUUUUGUCCAAGAGGGGAUGAAGAAAAUUAAUGAAUUUCAGAAGAGGAAAGCCGAGAUGGAGCAGGAGCUCGGUGAUAUGAGAGAAAAUAUGGAUGCUGCCGAGAAGGAGCACAAGAAAAACCUCAACAAAAUGGAGUUAAAAUUCUUCCAAGAAAAGAGUCGCCUGGAAAGGGAAGCUGAGCAAAAGAUUGCCCUGGUGGAAGAGAGGGCCCACAGUGAAGCCAUUGUGCAGUUGGAUGAUGAGUCACGCUCUGUAUUCAAGGAGAACGUCCGUCUAAACGAAGCUCUGAAAUAUCACAUAAUGGAGGCGCAGCGACUGCAGAUAUUGACAAAUUCAAUGGCAAAGGAAAAUACCUCCAUGGCGCUGGACAAGAACACGUAUGAGUUGAUAGUAAAAGAAAACACAGUUCAGAUGGAGGCCCAAAGAAAGGAGCUGUCUAAACUGAGGGCCAAGGCAGCUUCCCUGGAGCAGGCCCUCAAACUAAACGCCGGGGAACCUGAGCGAGAGGAGGAGAAGGCGAAGGCCUCGGUCCGCGUCCAGGCCGCCGGCCAGCAGGAGCUGGAGAAGCUCCGUGAAGUGCUUUGCAUGCGGGAGAGAGAACUGGGGCACAUCAAGCGGCUCGCCAACGCCGUUGUCGAGCAGCGCACGGAGCUGGAGCAGUUCUUCCACGAGGGAAUCGCUCAGGUGAAGCAGGAGAUCACGGCCAGCAGGUCGCAGUACAAAAAGGAGGCGCUGCAGGCGUAUCGCUGGAGGAUGAGAGAAGCCACAGCGGGAAGACUGAAGUUCCCCCCCAUCCGCACCUUUCAAAAAGGCCCCCGCAGCACCAACUCGGUGUAUUCAGACAUGGAGGAGGCUGCCAGCUGGACUCAUCCACCAGGCAGCAACGUUGAAAUCUCCGAUCUGACUUGGGAGCAGAAGGAACAAGUGCUCCGGCUGCUCUUUGCUAAAAUGAAUGGACGGAGCGAAAGGAAAGCCUGCCAACAUCUGGCUUUGUCCGCCUCCUCCGAGAAAAGCCUUAUUGACAUCGACGCUGCCGGAAUUAGAGAGGAGCUCUCCCCGGCGACCUUCAUCACCCAGGCACCUGAGCCGGUUCUGCCCUCAAACCGAAACAGCCUGCCGGAUAUACGCACCGCAUGACCUCCGUGCGACCUCUGCACGUCACACUCUGGGUUGUUUGCCUCUGCUGUGAACAUGUCCCACACGCGGCGUCAAUCAUACGUGUGGUAUAUGACACGAUUUGUUUUUCUGCUGCUCAUUAUAAAUAUCUUGCGUUGUUUCGAAGGCUUCAGUACUUGUUCACACAUGACGCUUGUUUGAUUUCUGUCUCGCCCCAUUUUAAAAGGAUCCGUGACCACUAAACAAAACAGAUUGUUUAUACCAAGAUAUGCACCAGAUAAUAUGACACAACAUCUCUAAAGAAUGGGUCACAUUGCAGUGUUCAUGGCAAUCUUCAUUUAUGGGGAUUAGAUCCAGAUAAGUGUAAGUACAGUAAAUACACAAGAAAAUAAAUACUGGUGUUGAAUUUGAGGAAAUUAUACAGAUUUUUUGCUGUGUUAAAGUCUUGGUUGGUUUACAUAGACAGAUCCUCUAUUUCAGUGAUCAAUAACCUUUGUGAGCCUAAGAUCCCUGACUUCCUCCUGCGUGACCGAUCAGAUCUCCCUAUUGAGGCGUUGAGAGAAAACGACGGUCCAGACUGGACUUUAUUUGGCAUAAUUCUAAUUGAAUGAAAUCAAAACACUUUAGUCCAGCUUUCAAAUUGAUGAGACCAGGAACACAGAAUUUAAGUGCAAUAUAAAAAGUUAAUUAUUUGUUAACCGCACACAAUAUAAACAAGAACAAACACAUUUGCAAUGAGCAGCUGGAUGAACUACCAAUAUAAAUGUUGUUUAUCGAAUAACAUUACAACACAACACUGACAACAUGAUCAGUGCAACUCAUGUAAGUUCAGCUCUCAUCACAAUGCCAUCAAGUCAUGUGACUCCAGUCAGUGUGACGGCUGUGACUGAACUCUGUCUGUGAGCUUGUAGUUGGUUCAUACGCACAGACAGACAGACUGCGGCAGUCUGUGAGCCGUCUGUCAGUAAUCCAGCUCUUGAUCUUUGAUUUUGUGAUUUUCUCAACUCCACUGAUGAGUUUUUCGGUGCAAAUUUGGUAUUUAUGAAAGUUUUCUCCUCUGGGAUUUGUUCUGAACUCAGGCAGUUGGUGAUUACAUUCACAUCACCUCUACAGACAUCCUCAGAUUUAAAUAAUUAUUAUAAUAAUAAUAAUAGUAAAUAUAUGAGAAUCACCAUUUGUGACUCCUGCAUCUGUGCUCUUUCAAAUAAUAGAAUAAAUAAGUGACGGGGAACGUCUCCGAGAUCUACGGCUUGGCGACCACUGCUCUAUUUACACAUCUAAUGUCAAGUCUUUAAAAGGGGAUUAUUAUUAUAAAAUAACUUGUAUAAAUGAACUAAUUAACAUGAUAAGCCGGGGUGAAAGUAGGCCGGUCCUGUACGCUGUACCAUUGUACACAGUACCGGGAAGAGGGGACAGCAGCUGCCUGCCGAAAUAUGUAUUAUGACCAUCGACUGAAUAAAGUGUGAGAAACAACCAGCAUAGAAAAACUUCUCAUCUGAAGAAAAAACUGAUUUUUGGAAAAGUCAGUAUAUAUUCUUAUUGUAUAAAACGAAAACAGCGAAUGAGUCAAUGUCCUCCUGCAUCAGUGUCUCUGACAGCGCCGGGAAAACUGUUGUAUUUGAUCGAUUGAAGCGAUGAAGGGGUAAGAACUACAACCCCUGUAUGCAAGUGUCUUGAAUGAACACGGUGUCUAGAUCAGACUUUAUAUCGGAUCUUGGGGGGGGACAUCUUUUCCGACUAUAUCUGGAUUAAAACACAGAUUAGCACUUCAGUGGCACUUGAAUGGCUCUUAUUAUGGUACUUUUGUAGUUCGACUAUCUUGAAGAAAUGUUACUUUCUGUAUUCUUGUUGUUCUUAGUUUGUACUCUUGGUUGAUGCACUUAUUCUAAGUCGCUUUGGAUAAAAGCGUCUGCUAAAUGACAUGUGAUGUAAUGUAAUGAAUAUUUCGCGUCCCAUGGUGGGCAUCGUCACUGCAGGACUUGUCAAGGUGGCAUCUUCUGCUUUCCAUUGGGAUAUUACAGUUUUGAUCUGUGUGUAGAACUCGAUUCCCUGGAGAGAGAAUAAAUACAUUUACAUCGAAACAUUGA